AUGCUCGCCCAUUUCCUGGCCGCUCUUUUCUUUUUCACCGCCAUUGGCCUCAAUUAUCGUGGUGGCUUGUUUUACGACAGUGCCGAAGUCACCGAGAAGAACAUCUUCGCUUAUUCGGUCUAUCAAGACGCCUACCUUCCGAUAAUCAAUGAAGGAAUCGUCAUCAAAAAUUACGAAUUGGCGGUCAAGGUCCACUCGAUGGAUUUUUGGUACGAUAGGAAGUAUGCGAAGGGCGAGAAGAUAUGCCAUCAGAAGUUGUCCGACGAGGUCAUGAAAAAUGUCCGCCACAAAAAUGGAACCUACAUCGACUCGGUAUACUUCGCCUGCGCGCGAAAUGACAUCUGCGUUGCCUAUGGCUGCCUUUCCAAGUUCUACUUAACUCUCUUCAUCAUUUUUAUUAUCGCGACGGCGUCGAUCAUUUACGGAAUCGCGGGACCGAGUUGCAAACGCCAAAAUCCCGCUUAUGUGCACAUCAAUAAUUUCAAUAUGUCGGAAUUGAGUCACGUUUGA